AAGAUUGUUACUAUAGUAAGACAAGUCAAGGUUUGGUUGUAGUUUGCACAUUGAGUAGACAGAGAAGGCUGAUGCAUCAAACUUUAAACAUGUUGAACUCUCCGUAUCAGUUCCCAGCUUUUGUUACACAUAGCCUACUUGUGGUGUGGUAUACUGAGGACACAAAACAAUUAUGGACAUAAAAAUGAUUCUGGUUGGAGAUAACGCGAAAACUUUUCUACGUGCUCACGCUUUAACCUUCAUGAUCAUCACAUACGGGUUGUUUAUCAUUUGCGGUGCUGUUGUUUUUAUGAUAUUGGAAGAGCCUGGAGAGAAUGAUCUCGUUGAACAGGUCUGUGAACUAAAAGCACGUUUUUUGGCAGACAAUCGUUGUGUUGAAGAGCGCAGUUUGGAUAAGCUGUUAACGAAGGUGCUUUCUGCGAGUCGACGCGGUGUGGCCGUAUUAAAAUCAGACAGCGAUCAAUGUAACUUCGACUUCACAUCGUCGUUGUUUUUCGUCAUUACGUUUCUCACUACCACAGGCUAUGGCACCACCAUGCCACUUUCGGAUGAAGGUCGUGCAUUCUGUGUCAUCUACUGCCUUGUGGGUAUCCCCAUUACCCUACUGCUGCUGUCCUGUCUUACACAUGCCCUUCUACCUUGGAUAACACACACUCCUAUUCAGAACCUUCAGGUCUACUGGGGAUUAUCUCAUAACCACGCUGCCUUAUUGCACUGUAGUUUUCUGACCUUCUGCACAGCAACACUAUUCUUCCUGCUACCUGCUGGUGCCCUCUGUCUGUUGGAGAAUGAUUGGAGUUACCUGGAGUCCCUGUACUUUUGUUUUAUCUCACUUAGCACAAUUGGACUUGGUGACUACCUUCCAGGGAGGACCAAAAGCCAAGCAGCACGCCAGGGACUGGAGUUUGCUACGUCCUGUUAUCUUAUGGUAGGACUGAUCAUUUUGCUUGUACUUCUGGAAAGUAUUUGGGAGCUGCAGCAAAUUCAGGAUGUUUUGCGUUUUUUAGCUGGACCUCAGGAGGGAGAGCUGAAUGGGAUAUGUUUGGAUGAGCUUGUGCUCAGUGGAGACCUCACAGGAGACCUCACAGGUCCAGACGAGGAACCUCAUUACACCCUUCCUAUAUCUACUAUCUCGCCUGCUUUUUUAAACUUACCUACCACCCCCUCAAUAGAACUGUCACCAAACUUUGACGGUACGGUAGCCAGCCACAGAAGAAACGUCUUCCUCCUUCACCAAGAACAGAUCCCGCCAGCUGCCGUUGAUCCCCUUCCACAAUGUAAGAAUAAAUUCAGAUAGAUAUAAAAUAGGGUGUCUUCAAAAUCCAAAAACCACUAGGUGGCAGGCUUUUCAUUUUCAAGAUCAUUUUAUUUACAAGUCUUUGGAUUUACUGAGUGAAACAUAUUGUCUAUAACAGUAGUUCUCAGACUUUGUUGGCAUGCGGCCCCCUUGUGUACGGUGCAUGCAUCCCUUCAUGGCCCCCAAAGAAAAUAUAUGACAUAAAAUAUUCCAAAACUUAAAAUUUGAAGUAAACAAAAAAUAUUAAAUUAUACAAUGUAGUGUUGUCGGUUUGUAGCCUUAGUUUUUAAGGUUUAAUUACACAAAAUUUAUGUUAAUGUAUUUUUUAAACUGUCAUUAAACCGGGGCCCCCCUGGCAUCAUCUCAGGGGUCCAUGGCCCCAAGUUUGAGACCCACUGGUCUAUAAGGAUAUAAAAUAAUAUAUAUACAUAUAGCAUUAUGUCUCCUUGGAUGGGAGUGCCUGUUUUACUGAUUUCUUCUCUAAUCACCGAAACUCUUUAUAUUUGUGUGCAAUAGAUGAGUAGUGGUUGAUCUGAACAAUCAGAUUACAGGAGUUUUAUCUAGGUCAGCUCUGAAGUCAGCCCCCCCCCACAAUGCUAGAAAUGCUCUUAUGGUCCUUUGUUUGUCACUUGAUGUCCUAAUAUGCUCUUAGUGACCUAUUGGGGUUUCUUAAAGCACAAUCUUAUUAAUUCAACAGGUUCUGAACAAAAAAUGUCUCUAUCUGUACCAGUCACCAUGAUUUUGCCAAGACAUUAGACUUUUGUCAAAUAAACAUAAUGUAACCUAAACCCAACCAAUAACUCUAACUUAAAUCAGAGGGAAUUAUAAAUAAAUAAAUAUAUUCUACAUGCUCCUAAACCUAAAAUUUAUUUAAAACCUACUCAUACAGUCUGAUAGAAUCUA